GUUUUCCGGUGGUAACUGUUACUCUUCAGAGAGUCAGAAAGUCAAGACAGAAUUGUGCAGUCUUUCUCCACCACACUUGAGUUGGAGGAGGCACCCUUUAUUAAAUGGAAGAGAAAGGCUACUUCAUCUAAAGUGCUUUGAACCUGAGAAAAGAGCUGUCCUCAGCACCUCACCAUGGGUCUUCUUUUUGUUGCUUAGACAAGCUGGGGAGUUUCUGUAACCCUCGCAUUCCAUAUUGAAAGAAGAGAUUUUUAGACAUGAAAAAAAUGCCUUUGUUUAGUAAAUCACACAAAAAUCCAGCAGAAAUUGUGAAAAUCCUGAAAGACAACCUGGCCAUUUUGGAAAAGCAAGACAAAAAGACAGACAAGGCUUCAGAAGAAGUGUCGAAAUCUCUGCAAUCAAUGAAGGAAAUUCUGUGUGGUACAAAUGACAAGGAGCCCCCUACAGAACCAGUGGCUCAGCUGGCACAAGAGCUCUACAGCAGUGGACUGCUGGUGACACUGAUAGCCGACCUGCAGCUGAUAGACUUUGAGGGAAAAAAAGAUGUGACCCAGAUAUUCAACAACAUCCUGAGAAGACAGAUCGGUGCACGGAGUCCUACUGUGGAGUACAUCAGUUCUCACCCUCAUAUCCUGUCUAUGCUUCUCAAAGGAUAUGAAGCCCCGCAGAUUGCCUUACGCUGUGGGAUUAUGCUAAGAGAAUGUAUUCGACAUGAACCACUUGCCAAAAUCAUCCUCUUUUCUAAUCAGUUCAGAGAUUUCUUCAAGUAUGUGGAGUUGUCGACAUUUGAUAUCGCUUCAGAUGCCUUUGCUACUUUUAAGGAUUUGUUAACAAGACAUAAAGUGUUGGUAGCGGACUUCUUAGAGCAAAAUUAUGACACUAUUUUUGAAGACUAUGAGAAACUGCUGCAGUCAGAGAAUUACGUGACAAAGAGACAAUCUUUAAAGCUGCUAGGUGAGCUGAUCCUGGACCGCCACAAUUUUGCUAUUAUGACCAAGUACAUCAGCAAGCCAGAGAACCUGAAACUGAUGAUGAACCUGCUUCGAGACAAGAGCCCCAACAUCCAAUUUGAAGCCUUCCAUGUCUUUAAGGUGUUUGUGGCCAGCCCUCACAAAACGCAGCCAAUCGUGGAGAUACUGUUAAAAAAUCAGCCUAAACUCAUUGAAUUUCUGAGCAGCUUCCAGAAGGAAAGGACAGAUGACGAGCAGUUUGCUGAUGAGAAGAACUACCUGAUUAAACAGAUUCGAGACUUGAAGAAAGCAGCCCCGUGAAGACGGGCCCUGCCCUGACAGCCCUUUGUCUCCAUUGCCCAAUGUGUACAGUGCUGCUUCAACAGUCUCCGUUUUUGGGAAGGCUUUGGAGGUGCCUGUUUUCUCAAUUGAUUGUUCAAGGUAGAUGGAAUAUAAACAUUUGAAUGGAAAAAAAUCAACCUAGAAUAAUAUAUUGAUUUUAAUCAAGUCUAUGAUUGCUUAUGUGAAAUCAGCCAUUAUAUUAAACAUUGAUAAAAGCAGGUAUAACUCCAGAGCUGGACCUUGGUCACCCAGGCCACCAAGUAGAAGGAGCACAAGUAUCUCUUGGAACAGAAUGGGGAGGGAACCCAUCUGUGUGUCUUCAUUUGGACAGGCUAUUUCAGGCACAUGAGACAGGACAUGGGGCUGCAUUGUCUGUGGGGUGUGCCCUUGGACGCCUUGCCUGCUACCUCCUAGCUUCAGUAAGUGGCCCCUGGCUUCCAGAGGAGCAGUGCUCAGUUUCUGCUCACUGUCCCUCAUUGUAUCCCAAGCUGGAUCCAGGGCCAUGCCCAUUCCAACUAGAGAUGGCUAGCCUGGGAGCAGCCGAGGACCCGGUGAGAUCAGCUAGGACCACGGGGGCGGAGAACACCCAUGGUGUGACGUUCCAGAGGAGACUGCCAACAGGUGGCUGUAGAGUCACUGCUGUUCUGUAUGCCCCUGAGCAGGGUCAGUGAGUGUAGGGACAUUUCAUUAACAUCUGUUGUCUGGAGAGAAUGCUCUGUGGGGACUGUUUUGAGAGGUGGGAUCACAGUGGGUGCAAACCCUGGGGCUGGAGGCUGUGGUAGACUUUGAUCAGUAGAGGGCGGAGUGAUUCAUGCAUAAAAAAUUCUCCAAUGACCAAA